CUUCAUCUGUAUGGCUCUCAAGAUCUGGUAAUCAGACGUUUGUGAAUGGUACAAAUGUUGAAAUAUUUUGCCAAGCAAACGGCGGUAAUCCGCUUGCUACACUGACUUGGCAUUGUGACGGAUUACAGUUUGAAGAAUCGAAUUGGACUCAUCGUGAUGUAGUAGUGUCCUCGUUGUCGUUUAUGGUAGACGAAAAAUUUGACAGGCGACAGUGUAUUUGUACUGCUGAACAUCAGGCCAGUCCAGAAGGACAUUUUGGCAAAGUGGCCAUCUUGUUUGAUAUUCUCUACAAACCAACCAUCACACUGGAUCAAUCUGUAGCCACCAUCCGUGAAGGUGAAAGUUUCAACAGAACGUGUUCUGCUCAAGGUAAUCCCAAACCGAUUAUACACUGGUACCAUGGCCGCAGACAUUUAACGACAACUGAGAACUUACAGUUCAAGAAUAUUGACAGAACCAAUGCGGGAGAAUAUGCAUGUAUUGCUUUGGCAAUAUCUCACGACAUUUCACUGCAAUCUACGAAAUCUUUCAACAUAGCAGUUCAGUGUGAGUAAAGCAAUUUUAUUUUAUUCUGUCUGGAUACAAGUAUCUGUUUUAUCUUCGUUAUAAAGGUAUACCGUUGAAACAGUUCCAAACUUUCAAAAGGACAAUAUAUGAGAUAUGAGAGCGGCAUUUUUCAAUGUGUGCAUGGUGGAAACAUGACAGUAAACUGCAUGGGUCAGCUUUGCUCAUAUUUGAUUUUAGGUACA